AUUUUGGCAAUUUAUACAGGAGGAACAAUUGGUAUGAAAAAGAGUAGUGAGGGUUAUCAACCAGUUAAGGGAUAUUUGAGAAAGAAACUUGCUCAAUUAUCUCAAUUUAACGAUGAAAGACAUAGAAAAUUAUAUUUGACAUUGGCAGCUCUUUAUCAAUUAUUAGAAUUUGACCCAAUUUUGGAUAGUAGUGAUAUGGGUUAUAAGGAUUGGGUUAAAAUUGCACAAUGCGUUUAUGAUCAUUACAAUAAUUAUGACAGUUUUAUUAUUUUGCAUGGUACUGAUACUAUGUGUUAUACUGCGAGUGCUUUGAGUUUCAUGUUUAGAAAUUUGGCUAAACCAGUUAUUCUUACUGGUUCACAAAUUCCAAUUUCUCAAACAAGAAAUGAUGGUUUUGAUAAUUUAUUGGGUUCUAUUACUGUUGCCUCAAGAGUUUACAUUCCAGAAGUUUGUGUAUUUUUCCAUAACAAGUUAUUUAGAGGAAAUAGAUGUACUAAAAUGGAUGCAGGUGAUUUGAGUGCAUUUGAUUCUCCAAAUGUUCCACCAUUAGUUAAAUUGGGUAUUGAUAUGGAAGUUAAUUGGUCUUUAAUUAGACCACCUCCUGCUCAGAAUCAAGAAUUCAAAAUGGUCCCAAUUACAAACAGUAAUGUCGGUAUUUUAAGGAUUUUCCCAGGUAUUAGCCCAACAUUGAUGUCCAACUUUUUCUUGCCUCCAAUGGAAGGAGUAGUAAUGCUAUCUUAUGGUGUUGGUAAUGUGCCUUCAUCUAGAUCUGACUUUUUACAAGCUAUUAAGGAAGCAACGAAUAGAGGAAUUGUAGUUGUAAAUUGUACUCAAUGUUUUAAGGGAGCUGUAUCUGCAUCUUAUAAAACAGGAUCAGUACUUUAUGAAAUUGGAGUUGCGAGUGGAUCAGAUAUGACACCUGAGGCAUCAGUCACAAAAUUGAUGUAUUUAUUGAGUUGCGAUUAUGAAAUUGAGGAAGUAAAGAGAUUGCUCACUGUUGAUCUGAGAGGAGAGCUUAAUAAG